AUGGGGAAGAGGACAAAUGCCAUUUAUUUUUCUAAUAAACUGUUUCAACUGCAACUAUUUUCAAUUCAUAGAAUUGACUCUGUUGUUCCUUCUCCCAUUUCAGAAUUUCAAUCCCUCGAAGCCCGAGUCGAAUUUAAUCCGUUUCUUAAAUUCCAUUUUGUUUUUUUAGUUGAAAAUUAUCGAUUUCAUUGUUUAUUCUCUUAUUCGAUUCAUUGAAUUACGUUUAAAUCAAUUCUUUCUCCCCACACAGAAAUAUUUGGAUUAUGCGAUAGAUCUUGAGUUGCUUUGUAUGUUCUUCUUCAAAGGGCUUAUUUCAAUCCCAGAAAAAUGCUUUAAUGGAGCAAUCUGUGAGAGUUUUUUGAUUCAAUUAGGGAGGAAGAAGAUCCAGGUUAGUUCUGCUGCAGCUUGAAAUCGUUAUAUUUGUCUUCUCUUCCGAUGCCGACACGUAUCGGACACGUUGCUUGAAGAUUCAAGCUGAAACUUAGUAACUUACUCUCAACUUUCAACUGCUCCAAUUCCUUAUCUCCAAUCGACGGUUUCUUCGCCUCUACGGCACCGUUUUCACUGUCGAGAGGAAUGUUGAAUAGAAGAUUUCAGAACCUGUCCUGUCACUUAAUGUUUGGGAUUCGAUUCGUUUGUUCUUAUUGAAGAGGUUUCCAUGCGGCGAUUUGGUUCUUAUUGCCGAUUUUUAGUGAAGUGUUAAGGAAGAUCAUCUUUUCCUUCGAAUCUUUAAGUGGGAUUUGAUGAAAGAUUGAUUCUAAUGGAGGUUUCGAUUAUGAUUCAUGUGGGAUUCGUCCUCUUUCUUCUCUGGCUACUUUCCGCCUUCAAUUGCUGCCAUCUUGCUGCAUAUUUCAUCUCCCUCAUCUAUCUCUAUCUGGUGCACGAGCGGUUCUUUUUGAAACUAAGGAGGAAAUUGCAAUUCGAGGAGAGAAAGCAAGCUAACCAGAGAAGGGUUCUUACGGAUUCUGAAACAGUCAGGUGGUUAAACCAUGCGGUUGAAAAGAUUUGGCCUAUAUGCAUGGAGCAUAUUGCUUCUCAGAAGAUUCUCCUCCCUAUCAUUCCUUGGUUCUUGGAGAAGUACAAACCAUGGACUGCUAAGAAGGCUGUGGUUCAGCAUCUAUAUUUGGGGAGAAACCCACCUAUGUUUACUGAAAUGAGGGUGCUUCGUGAGCCUAGCGAGGACGACCACUUGGUUCUGGAGUUAGGAAUGAACUUUCUUACAGCUGAUGAUAUGAGUGCAAUACUUGGUGUGAAGCUAAGGAAAAGACUAGGAUUUGGAAUGUGGGCAAAGUUGCAUCUUACAGGCCUGCAUGUGGAAGGAAAGGUUCUGGUUGGUGUCAAGUUCCUUCGGGAUUGGCCCUACCUCGGCCGAAUACGCUUAUGUUUUGCUGAGCCUCCGUACUUUCAGAUGACCGUCAAACCUAUCUUUACGCAUGGUCUUGAUGUUACUGAACUUCCGGGGAUUGCUGGAUGGCUGGAUAAGCUUUUGUCCAUUGCCUUUGAGCAGACACUUGUUGAGCCCAAUAUGUUGGUUGUUGACAUGGAGAAGUUCAUUUCACCACAGCCAGAAAAUUGGUUCUCUGUAAACGUGAAGGAACCAGUCGCCUACGUCAUAGUCGAAGUUGUUGAAGGAGCAAACAUGAAACCAUCUGAUCUAAAUGGUCUGGCUGAUCCCUAUGUAAAGGGUCAACUGGGUCCUUACAGAUUCAGAACCAAAAUUCAAAGGAAAACACUGUCUCCACAGUGGCACGAGGAGUUCAAGAUCCCAAUUGUCACCUGGGAGUCAGAAAAUGUGCUUGCUAUUGAAGUCCGUGACAAGGACACAUUUGUCGACGACAUACUUGGAAAUUGCUCUGUCAACAUUGCGGACCUGAGGGAUGGCAAACGACAUGAUAUAUGGUUGCCUCUCGAAAACAUUAAAAUGGGGCGAUUGCAUCUGGGAAUCACUGUUUUUGAAGAUAGAAAGAAGGUGGAGGAGUAUCCAUUUCAAAGAGAAACCUUGAAUGUGGAAGAGCCUCAUAAGGAUUCCCCUGGGAGUGAGACUACCAAGGAUGAUAAGGAUUCCCCUAGGAGCGAGACCAAGAACGGUAAGGAUUCAAACUCAUCAGUAUCAGUGGAGCCUCGAAGAGGGAUCGACAAUUUUGAGCCCAUCAACGUUGAAGGGCAGAAGGAGACAGGAAUAUGGGUCCACCGUCCAGGAAGCGAAGUUUCAAAAACUUGGGAGCCCCGGAAGGGACGAAGUCGGCAGCUUGAUACCGAAAUCCGUAGGGAGCCUAAUGAAUCUAUGAGCAGUGGUGAGAUAAAAUCCUGUAACAAUGAUUCUAGCAGUACUGAUGAUAAUCCUGAGGAAAAACAUCGAAAGUUAUCAGUUCGCAGGGGAUUGAGAAAGCUGAGUUCAGUUUUUCACCGGAGUCCUCGGGAUGAGGAUCGAUCAGGAAGCUUAGUAGAGUCUGCUAGAUCCCCCCAGUACGCAAAUGUCAGGGCGACAAAUGUCGAUGGAGGCGUCAAGGUUAUUCUUGUAGAUAACAUUUCCGGGACUAGUUCGGAUAAAGUAUCAAAAGAAGGGAAGUCGAGCAACGAUGGUAGCGAUAUAGAGAGUCCAGGAAAGGGUGGAAAUGUGAAAGGCAUGGCAAAGAGCAUUUUCAGACAGGCUGAGAAAUCUGCUCGCAGUAUUAAAUAUGCAUUUUCACGCAAAGGGUCAAGGAAAUUCCAAAUUGGUUCACAGAGAGAUCCUGCAGUAGCAUCAGAGUCUUCUGAUGAUGAACCUGACGCACCAGCUGCUUGCAGCCCAACGACAAUUAGAGGAAUUCCAGUUAUCCCUGAAGACACAACCUUAGCUCCUCACAACAAUUCCUUUAAGAAGGAAAAUGUGGUGCCCACUGGUUCAAGUAACAGUGUGGAGUACAGUGAUCAAUCAUCAGAUAAGAGCACUGCAGCGCUUCGAUCGGAAAAGAUCGAAGACGACAAGGACAAUAAACAUGGAAUCAAUGGUGACAAAUGAUUCGAACUUCAGUCGAAAAAUGGUAGUGUGUAGGUAAAAGGAUGUCAAAAACGUGUAGAAGUUUGAGAAUUUGUGAACAGAAUUCCUGUAAAGAGAUGUUAUUACACCCGUAAACAUGCAAUGUUUAUAGAAAUUAAGAAGCUAUUUGUGCA